AUGUCCAGCGACGCAGCCAACGACCCCGAGAUUCUCGCUCAUGUCCAGCAGUUCUGGGAGGGCCGCAAGCCGAGCAGUCCCAUUUACCAGUUCCUGCUUGACGAUAUCAAGCUGACCUAUGCCUCCAAAGGCGUCGUGCGCGCCCAGCUGCCGCUUACCAAGAACCACGUGAACACGCACGGAAGCAUCCAUGGCUCCGUCUCCGCCACACUGAUAGACUGGGUUGGUGGCAUCGCUAUCGCAGCUUGGGAUAAUCGGAGCAAGGCAGGAGUGUCGACAGACAUUCACAUCUCGUACUUGAGCGGGGCUAAGGAUGGCGACACCAUUGAAAUUGAGGGCAGGGCAGGAAAGGUUGGCGGAACCCUCGCCUUCACCACAGCGACCAUAUGGAAGCUCGUCGAUGGCAAGCCAGGUCCUAUUGUAGCCACUGGCUCACACACGAAGUUUAUAAAGAUAUGA